UAUUCAAUUUUUUGUGUUUGCAAAAGAUAUCAAAACAUUUUUAGAGGUUAGAUCGGUUAAAGCACAAAUAUUGAAAUGAUAAAUCAAACCCAAACUUAAAGAUUGAGCAUAUAAUCGUAUAAUUUCGAAAAUAAUAAUGUACCCUAAUCAGUUCUUGAAAAUUAUCUGUGACAGGCUUACUUGCCAGAGUGCUAAGCGAGAACUGCACAAGAAUCCGCUGUUCAAAAAAUGCAAAGCUUAUCAAAUUGAAGAUAUUUGCAAAGAAGACAACUAUCACUACAAAUUGUUAAGGGAAAAGACUCUUCAAGAUGUCAAGUCGAUGCAAGCAGUGAUUCGCGAAAUGCGUCAUAAAAUAGAGGAGUACAACCGGGACAUACGGGAAAAUUUGCGAUUCCUGAAAAACCUGGAAACCAAGAUGAAACAUAAUGGUAAAAACGGAUAAAUAGCAGAACUUGCAUGGUUUAUCGAAGUUGAAUCUUCGCGGUUACCGUUUGUUUGGCCGUUUACUGCCUUAUCAGCAGCUGUUGGAUUGAAAAAAUAUUGCUUGAUUUUUUCAAGAAAGAAUUGAAAAUUUCUCAAAAAUAAAGUCUUGUUAUUUAAUAUACAACACAAAAA